UAGUCUUCGGUUAUCCGGCUUGAUUAGUAACGUUAUGAGACCCUUCUCAGCGUUCUGAGCUCCUGCUGUCUGCUUGAGCACGCCCGUUUCUGUCCAAGUCCUGUUGAACGUCUAUGGCCACCCCAAGCCUUCCACCGCUGGUACAAGCGACAUCCGGCGCCAUAGGAAGCGCGACCGCGAACGCGCUGGUGUACCCGCUGGACCUCAUUGCUACGCGAGUGCAAACGGACGAUAGUUCGGGCUUGUCUUUCGACGGCCGUCGACGAAGGAAACUUGGAAGGCUACGAGAGAUUCGGGUUAUACCGCAAAUCGCACGCGAAGUUAUACGGGAAGAAGGUUGGAAGGGCCUCUAUGAUGGACUUGCGACGGAUACCGCGGCGACUAUUGUGUCAAAUUUUUUCUACUUUUAUAUAUACGCCUUCCUACGAAGAUCCGUCGUUCAACGCAAGGCAUUCUCUGCUCCUCCGUCUAGAGCGAAACAACGGCUCGCCGUUCUGAGCGUCCCCGAGGAACUCGGACUCGGCUUUCUAUCCGGUGUCCUCUCGCGGGCUAUCUCCACUCCGCUAAGCAUGGUCACCGUGCGUAUGCAGACGCAGUCCAACAACAAUAGAAAACCUGGGCUCGUUGAAAUCAUACGAAGCAUUUACCGCGAGCAUGGCCUCCUUGGCUUUUGGAAAGGUUUCGAAACGACCAUCGCGCUGUCCCUCAAUCCAGCCCUCACAUUCUCGUUGAUACAGCUCUUCCAGAGGAUACUCCAUCGUCUCAGCACGAAGCGCUUCUCGAGCCCCGCUCAAGUUGCUAAGAGUGCAACGGCAUCAUUCCUUACCGGGGCGCUCGCGAACUCUAUCGCGGUAGCCAUCCUAUACCCUCUCAUCCUAGCGAAGACACGGCUGCAAUCCUCAAACUCGGAUCGGAGAGAGACAUUCUCCACUCGUGGAUCGGCGCCGACACAUCAGGAUCAUUCAGCGCUGUUAUUUACGGAUGGACCCCGCCCUACAGAACGCGUGGCGAGCCCGCUAGAGAUGGGCGACAACGAUGCCGAUCGCAUCAAGGCUGUUAUCGAAGAUACAGAAUCCUUGCUCAAGGAAGCCGUACACGACGUAGCGAACACGGCUGCGAACGCGGCAAGCGACGUCAAGGAGAAGCUCGUGGAGGUUCACGAAGGCGUGCGCGACAAGGGAUAUGAGGUUCUCGAUAUUUGGCGAGAUGCGUACCGGGCGAAUGGAGCUCGCGGCCUAUAUCAGGGCCUGGAGGUGCAGAUCGUCAAAGGAUUCUUGAAUCAGGGAGUGACUAUGGUGGUCAAACAACGUAUGGAGCAAUUGGUCGUUGCGAUCGUCCGACAGCGCUUGCGGAAUCCGUGAUGUCUGAAGGCGGGACGGGUGACAUGUAUCAAUAUCCUUCACUUACAUCGCUGAACACGAUCCAGUGUAUAUGUAGUUGUGUUCAGUGUUAGAGACUAUUAUCUGAGCACAUCCAUGUCCGGAUCCAUGUCAUUCGCUUCGGUCUGUAUGUAUUGGGUAGCGUGUCUCAUGC